CCCAAACUGCCUCUUGUGUUAGAGGUCGCUGAUUAGAACAUUGGUAAGUGACUUCGUGAACUGAAUCUUUACUCCAGUUGGUUUCGCUAUCAUUCAUUAUGGGGAAUAUCCAGUUUGGUAAUACACAGACUUUAGGUGCGUAUUGGGCCACUUCUUACCAUGAAGUGGAUCCCGAUGGUUAUCAGAAACCGAAACCGCUGAAAAUCACGCACGAUCCUAUGGAAGGUUUUCCGAACGGACGUAAGCCCAGGGUAAUGGUGGCAACUAAUGAAGAAAUGCUUAGCGCCAGGCUUGCCCCUCAUGAACGUGAUUAUUGCGCCCACAAGCUUAUUGCCUUUAAAAAUUGCCGCUACCAGAAGUUCCCAUGGGUCGCCCUGUGUCACAGAGAGAAGCACGACCUUGAGCACUGUGAAUUCGAAGAUUUCAUGAUCCGAAUCAAGGAGCAUGAACGAGAGAAACGACUUCGGAAGCGCGAUAAGGAGCGCGCAAAGAAGCAGGCACGAGAAGCAGGGAAUCGAGCUCGAUUCGAGGUCGGACUGGUCCAUUAACAGAAACUAUCAUAACGACAGCGGUUGUCUACAUCAGCUUGUUUUUGAUUUUCUGAGCCAUCAUGGUGGUUUCUGGUCUUCUGAGUUCAUUUAGUCGAGAGCAAGUCUAGUGUUGAAAAUAGUGUCUGAGUAGGAGGGGAAUUUGUCUGAUACGAAAAACGCGGGAAUAAAUUUAGUGAAGAUAAUAUACAGCAUCAACGAGUAACAGAAAGGAAAAGAUGUAAGUAACAACGAGUUAUCUUUUAAGCAAUGCAACAAAAUGUAACAAACGACGUUAAUGACAAUAAAAAAAAAGUGUAAUCA